AUGAGUAAGCUUUAUCAGGUAUUUAUAAUAGGAGGUUUAAUUAGACUGCUUCUACCAACAUUGGUACCGUCAAUUACUGCGAUUCUAUCCUCUUCGGUUGAGAUAACAACGCCUAUAACCUCGUUCAAGGCUUUGAAAGAAGCAUUUUAUUUUUUCAACAACAAUAUUGAUUUAUACGAUGGUGGUGUAAACCAUAAUCCGCCAUUACUAGUUAUGCUUUUGUCAUUUAUCAACCUGCUACCUUUUGCUGAUGUUUGGUUUCAUGUUUUAUUUGCAUUGGUUGAUGUGGUUAUAGCAUGGCAUUUGGUACGAAUAAACCGCUGGUACAAGAUGUACACGAGCAAGAGGACAGGAAAAACAGUUGCUUCUUACAAUGAUGAUCUAAUUGCAAGUUUCUAUUUGUUCAAUCCCUUGGUUUUGUUGCUGAAUUUGAGUCAUUCAACUAUCGCGUUUGUAUGGCUCUUUUUAGUCGUGGCAGUUUAUCAAGUUGCUGUGAAAAGACAAGCAUCUAUUGCAAUUAUAUCGCUUGCAAUUUCAACAUACCUUUCGUUUAAUUCACUCUACUUGUUACCGUCGAUUUUGGGGUUAAUACAUGCUACUUCCACUCUGAGAAAUGUUGGUCAGAUAUACAUUUUGAACAUUGCUGUGUUUUUCACCACCUUGGCAAUUUUAGCAUCGUUAUCCUUUGCAUUCACAUCAUCGUGGCAAUUUCUCGACAAUUGUUAUCUAUCGGUGAUACUUUUUGAAAAAAUAACACCCAAUGUCGGUUUGUGGUGGUACAUUUUUACAGAGAUGUUUGAGUUUUUCACUCCUUUCUACAUUGGAAUGUUUAACAUAUACUCAUUCAUUUUUAUCAUUCCCUUGACUUUGAAACUUUUCGAAUUCAAAAAAGUUCCUAAACAAGGUGACUCCUUAUUGGCUAUUGUCUUGACGCUAUUGUGGAUUUCAUUUACCAAAUCGUACCCUACUAUAGGAGAUUUGGGUUUUGUUUUGUCUUUGAUACCGAUUUUCAGAGGAACUGUGUUACCCUACUGUAAAGUCAUUCUCAUUACAGGAAUGACGCUAAUGGUAUCGCUCUUGUUGUCACCCAUUUUUUAUUAUUGUUGGAUUGUUCUUGGUAAUGGGAACUCAAAUUUUUUCUACAGUAUCAACUUGAUAUGGGGAGGUGUGCACAUUUUAGCAAUAAUGGACUUACUAUGGGCAAAACUAAUCAGCGACUACAGUGUUGAAAAUAGUAUCAACGAGGAGGAUAUACGGAAACUCAAUCUAGCACAAUUAUAG